AUGUUCACUGUCCUCACACCUGGUCCUCUCACCUGGUCCUCUCCCCUGGUCCUCCCCUGGUCCCCUCCCCUGGUCCUCUCCCCUGGUCCUCCCCUGGUCCCCUCCCCUGGUCCUCUCCCCUGGUCCUCUCCCCUGGUCCUCUCCCCUGGUCCCUCUCCCCUGGUCCUCUCCCCUGGUCCUCUCCCCUGGUCCCCUCCCCUGGUCCUCUCCCCUGCCCCUCUCUCCUGGUCCUCCCCUGGUCCCUCUCCCCCCUGGUCCUCUCCCCUGCCCCUCUCUCCUGGUCCUCCCCUGGUCCUCUCCCCUGGUCCUCUCCCCUGGUCCUCUCCCCUGGUCCUCCCUCCUGGUCCUCCCCUGGUCCUCACCUGGUCCUGCGGCUUCAUGGUGUGA